AUGGCAAACAAGACGGAGCUCGAUUCGAGCCUGCUGGAUCUCCCGCUGCAGCAACUUACCAAAACAACAAUAGCCAGCGAAUACUGGGCCUCUCCGCACCAGAAUCAACGCCUCAACAGCGUGGACUUUGACCUGCAGUCUUUUUGGACAUACUACAGCAAAGAAUGCACCAGGGCUCUCCACAAUGGAGGGCGAUACGUGGCUAUGCGAUCGCACCGUGAUGUGGUCGACUGCAUUCGCAAACUCAAGCGCGGGAUGCUGCGCCAUGACAUCAAGGAGGAGCUGCGAGAGAACUUCACAGCGCUUCACGACAACGAAGACGAGAUGCUCGACAACUCGAUUGAUUUGGCUGCCAGUCUGCUUUUGAUGAUAAGCUUCUGCAGUUUCACGAGCUCCCAGCUGGCCAAGGAGAAUGUUAAGAUGGAGAAGAUAUUCACUGCGCGCAACCUUUGCCGCAUCGCAGGGCUGGAUAUCGUUUGGACCGAUAACUUGGUAGAUCAUCUCCGACUGACAGAUGACGAUUGCCGUGUGCACGUCUUCCAUCAUGCUUCGUUCCUCCAUGUCCAACAACAAAGUGCCGACUCCCUGCUGCCCAAAGGUCUCGCAGAUGAGACAUUGCAGACAUUAGCACUCCUCUUCCCAUCCUCAGACGUAGAAACAAGGAAGUGGUUCUCCAAGUUAGACGCCGACAUUGACAGACGAGCCAUCCAGUGUGGACAACUAAAGACGGACCAUCGGCAAACUGAAAAGUUUAGAUUCUGGAAUGAUCGUCUUGUCGUGCUGAAGCAGGUCUUUGACGAAGCACAGCCGAAGUCGUUAUCCCAAUGGUGGCAUGAUAGGCGGAACGGCGUCCAAUGGUACACAUUCUGGGUAGCCGUCCUCGUUCUUGUGUUGACGAUAUUCUUUGGCUUGGUGCAGAGUAUUGAAGGUGCUUUACAAGUGUAUGCCUCCUUCAAAGGUCUCGAUGGGUCAACAUGA